CUAGCCAUCUUCAACGUGUUUACAAAUUGGGGGUGAAGCUUCAGGGCCGAUUCGUAAUUCAACAAGACGCAAAAAAACAAUUUUGUGUUAAGAAGAGGACAUUGUUUUAGUUGAUAUGAUAUUCUCUAGGUGACUAAGUAUAUCUGCAGCAAUUUGAGGUCUUCUUCAAUUGUUUUACGUGCGAUGGCAAGUGUAAAUUCUGCAGAAUAUCCAGAGUGUAAGCCGAUCAUCCAUUCACCCAUGAAUCUGUCAUGUCACCAAGAGGCCAUGUCGAAACACAAUAGCACAGACUCACAGCCCAUUCCUGGUGGUGGGAAGGGCAGCGGUAGUAGUAAGGCCAGUAAGAACCCCUUUCCAACCAGUCCCCAGCCCACCGGUCAGUCUCCUUCCCCAUCCUCGAGUUCAAUGCUGAAAAAGAGGAGAGCAGACUUCCGAUUUGGCCGUAUCUUGGGGGAGGGAUCGUAUUCAGAGGUUGUGUUGGCUACAGAAAUAUCAUCUGGCAACCAAUAUGCAAUCAAAGUACUUGAAAAGAGGCAUAUUUUACGGGAGGGGAAGCAGAAGUAUGUUUUACAGGAGAAGGAAGUCCUGAGCAGACUAGAUCAUCCAUUCUUUGUCAAACUAUACUUCACCUUCCAAGAUAAUGACAAGCUGUACUUUGGUCUGAGUUUAGCGAAACGUGGUGAGCUCUUACCGUACAUCAAGAAACUUGGUUCGUUUGACGAGAGUUCAUCAAGGUUCUACACUUCAGAAAUCAUAUUAGCUCUUGAAUACCUUCACAGUAUGGGAAUCAUACAUAGAGACCUGAAACCAGAAAAUAUUCUUCUCAAUGAGAAGAUGCACAUACAAAUCACAGACUUUGGAACAGCCAAGAUUAUAGGGACAGAUGAUAAGAAGGAUGGGUCAUCUCGUGCAAAUUCAUUUGUUGGUACUGCUCAGUAUGUGUCCCCGGAGCUACUCACUGAAAAAUCUGCAACAAAAAGCUCGGACCUCUGGGCUCUUGGCUGCAUAGUGUACCAACUACAAGCAGGGCUACCUCCAUUUAGAGCAAGCAAUGAAUAUAUGAUAUUCCAGAAAAUAAUCAAGUUAGAGUAUGACUUUCCAGAUGGGUUCUCGCAGACAGCACGGGACUUGGUCUCAAAACUUCUUGUUAUUGAUCCGCUCAAAAGAUUAGGCUGUGACGAGUGUGGCGGGUACCCUGCCCUGAAGGCGCACCCAUUCUUAGAUGGCGUUGACUGGGACAAUCUCCAUGAGCAGAAGGCACCCGUACUCAAACCAUGCACAGUGGUCGAUGGGGAAGAGAUCCAUAGCGAGUACUAUGUUGAUGAUUUUGACUUGGAGUUGAACCCUACCAGCUUAAGUGAGUACCUAAAGAGGAUCGAGACGCACGACCGCGCCCAUAGUCCUACCAGGGAUAACAAAUAUGUUGUAGAUUUUACACCGGGAGAGCGCAAGCAGAGACUGGAGAGGCAACGGAAGGAGAACAAAUGGCAUCGGUUUGUGGAAGGAAAUCUCAUACUAAAGAAUGGCUGGGUGGAUAAGAGGAAGGGUUUGUUUGCCAGGAGGAGAAUGUUACUACUAACGGAAGGCCCCCACUUGUAUUAUGUAGAUCCUGAAAAUAUGGUCCUCAAGGGAGAAAUACCAUGGUCACCGCAACUGAAAGUAGAAGCUAAGAAUUUCAAGACAUAUUUUGUGCAUACACCAAAUCGGACAUACUACCUUAUUGAUCCAGAGAGUGAUGCAGUUGAGUGGUGUUCAGCAAUCAAAGAGAUGUACAGACAUACGUACCAAAAGUCUAUUUAAUCUAUCACCAUCAUCCUCUGCUACCUGCUCCAUUCUAUGGACCAGUGGGAGGAUCGGCCCCCUUUGCUUUGUCCGAGUCCAUUGAUGGUUAUGUGUGAUGUUUGCAAUCGUAUUGUAUACUUCUUAUCAUAAAAUGCUAUUUAUGAUUCAACCUAACAUGAAGGGUAUGUUGAGGUUGCUGAUUUGGAGAGAGAUUAUAUGUGAUGUCAUUGUAGUUCUUCAACCUGGUGAUGAGGUUGAGUAGUGUACUUGCUUCAACCUGGACAUAAGAUUGAGGGUGUAUUUCAUUUCAACCUGGUGAUGAGGUGGCCAUCUGUAGUUGCUCCAACCUGGUGAUUAAGUUAAGCAUUUUAAUGGCUUCAACCUGGUGAUGAGGUUGGGGGUUGAGGUUCCUUCAGCAUGGUGAUGAGGUUGGUGACUGUACUUGCUUCAACCUGGUGAUGAGGUUGAGGAUCAUAGUAGUUCCUUCAACCUGCUGAUAUGGUUGAAGAUUGUAUUUGCAUCACCGGGUGGUGAGGUUAUGUUUUAAGUUGCUUAUCCUGGUGAUAAGGUUGAGGAUAGUAGGUCCUUCAGCCUGGUGAUGAGGUUGGCAUUGUAGCUACUUGAACCUGGUGAUGAGGUCGGGCAUUUAUUCUAUAAAUUCACAAAAAAAAGAAUAAACCACGGACAGGGGAAAGCGGGCUUGAAUCGGCUGUGUCAUACAAAUAUUGAUUAUCUCAAAUGAGUAGAAUAAUGAAGUUAACAUAUAUUAUUAAUUGUCACAUUGUUGUGAUGUGUCAUUGUAUGACAUACCUUAUUCAAGACACUACAAUCAAUGAGCAAUGCCAAACCUGUAUUUCCCUGUGAAUAAACCGAAUAUUGAUCUAGUGUGUUUUCCUAGAAAUAGGAAUAUAGAGUUAGAUAUUUUUUUUUUUUCUGAAAAUUUCUAUUCAAUUUUCUUAGUGUAUUUAAAGAUCUAUGGAAGAUGUUGAAUAGAUUGUUCCAAGCCAUGUAACAUAGAGCUCAGUGAUUUAUUGUGAUGACGAUGUCUAUGAUUGUUUUCAUUAACUUUUGUGUGUAAUCAAUCAUAGAAUUCAGCCCAAUAAUCAAUCACUAAGGUUUAUGUUUCAGGGCGCUGGACAUAAAGUCUCUGUAUAGCUCCGAAUGUAAAUAUGUCAAUGGAGAGAUAUAGUAUGUAUGCAAUAAUGUAUUGUACAGUAAGUGGAUGGAUGGAGUCCAUAUUCUAUCCUUUUAUCUCUAGAAUUGUGCCCAUUUGUGAUUGAAAUGAUUUUACCGUUACAAUAAUGUCCUUGUGUAUCACAACAAAUCUCAUAAUUUUAUGUUGCUUAUUACUGUAUCACCCACAUUUAUAUAAUCAUAUGCCUAUUUUGUCAAUCCUCGAAAUAUUACAGGCGUUCCUUCCAUUCAUGUGUUUCGUCUUUACAUUUUAAUCAGUUUUCUGUCACAAUAUAUAUGGUAAACUCAUAUGAUAUGGGUAUAUGUACACACUAGGUUACCCAUGUGUAGGCCUCAUAAGUGCUAGUACGUGUUCUUGGACAUAUUAAAGUCUAUAGUUCAAUGUUGAACUCACAAAGACUAGUAUUUACAGAUACCGUGAUGAGUAUACUCUUUCAAUUUAUUUUUCCGGCUGGUAUACACUAUGAAGUAGACUUUUGAAGUGUGGGGCUCAUGGCAGAAUAUUAUUGUACUUAACCAGGAUGGGUCCACCCAAAGAGCCCUGUGGAACUCCACGUGUAAGCCACCAUGUAUGAAGCAAUGAAACAAAACACGUUUGCUUCAUCACUGGUAUAGUUUUAUAGGAGUUUCCAGUCCGCAUCGUAAGAUGUGGUUUCUGAUGUUUUCCUUUCAUUUAAAUGUCAUGACAGUUGAAUUCGACAGCAUUCUUUCUUUCAUUAUGUUAAUGUUUAAAUACUGUUUUGCUUUAGAGAUACAUUAGGAGAUGUAACAUGGUAUUGUUUUUAGGAGCCUCUGACAUGUCACAGCAUGGUUAGGAUUGAAAUAGGAAGACAACAGCUGAAAUUUUGAUGAUGAAUUUUAAAAUGACAGGUAUUUGAAGAGCAAACUUUUGCUUCAGAUGAGGUUCACAAUUUUUGAUGUUGGUAAAUGUGGCAAGAAGCACCAUUUAUGCCAUUUUAUAUCUAGCCUUUCUUCAUACUAGGUCAAUAAUUAUUUGAAAAUGCUGUGAUUGAUUUUCAAUGACUUACUAUCAUUUAUUUCACUUUGGAAGGAAAUUAAAUAUCUAUCAAAUUUGUAUAGAUUUCUUAAUAUUACAACGAUAGUGAUUUUAUAUUACAUGAAAUUCAUAAUACAUAUAAAGUGUGUGUACAUGUAUAAGUUUGGGGGUAAUAAGUAUGUGUAGACCAAGUCUUAUUUUGUUUUAAAAAUAUUUGCUUCCUAUAUGUAAAUCUGUAAAGAGCAAUGUAUAUUGGUGGUAAAUGUGAAAAAUUAGUAUCUUUUGUAGUGAGGAAAAUACAGGAGUACUGAAUGAAAUAAUAGAUAUUGAAAUUGAGUGUCAUUGUGUUCAGAUUGUGAGUUUAAAAAACAAACUUAUUUGGUAUUUAUUACAGAACAUGUUUCCAUUUGGUGGAAUAGAUACCUUGUCUUUGUAUUGAAUUCAUCCCUAUCAAAUAUGAAAAUUAGAUAAGCGAAAUCCUUACAUUUCUUGGCUCUUCUGAGGAAUCGUUCCUGUUCAUAUAUUUCUGCUUUUGAAGUUGUUCAUCAUCAGAGAUGUAUUUCCUAUCAAGGUCAGAAUACGCAGUGAUACCUUUUUUCAUGAAGCAUAUAGUUAAUCCAAUUUUUACUGACUUCUUUAAUCUGAGCCAAUCAGGUGCGAGGAUUUUCAGCAGCUUAUAACAAUAGUCGCUGAAAAUCACUGCUUUCAUUCCUAGUCGUUUAUCAUUACGGAAAUGUAUUAUUCCAGGGUUUAGAAUAAAGUUAAUAUCUUUGGAGAGUAUGAUCAGGCAACUACAUGGCCGUCUGCACCAGCCCGAGUUUUCAAAUUAGCGUGCUAUUUCUGAUCCGGCACAUUAUCUCAAUCUCAACAAUCUCUAGGUUAUUUGUAAUGGAGACGCAAUCAUCGCACUUGUUCGCAGGAUUAAUCUCGAGAUUGCAAUCCCAAGUUAACUUGGGAUUAUUUGCAAAAUAGACCCCUAUUUUACAAAUUAUCCCGGUAAGUUGCAGGUGCAGACGCACUUGGGAUUAUUCAUUCACAGCGUCGGACCAUAAUGCAUCGAUGCCUUGCUCGAGCAGGAAUCACUCUUCUUGUAAUGGUGGAGACGUGGGGUUUCUUGAAUCCCGAGAUUAAUCGUGAAGAGGGCCGAUCGGGCUAAAAUCUCGUGAUUGGGCAAACUCGGGCUGGUGCAGCACCACCUAUUGAUAGUUAUUACUCACUUUAUUUGUUCUGAUCCAAUCUGACACAAAUGUUUUUAGUCGCGUAUAUAUUAAAUAUUGUUUAUCAGCAGACACUGAUUCGAUUCCAGGGUGCAAGAAUUUGCACUAGCUUACAACAAUAGUCGGUGAAAAAAACUGCUUUUGUUUCAAAUCGUUUAUCAGAUUUUUUUUCCAAGAUUCAGAAAUGAAAAGUGAUGUGUUAAGAGGGUUUCCCACAAAGUCAACUUGACAAGUUACAGGAUCUCCUUUGCUUGACUUAUUUUUCUACCUUGUCCUG